UCAUGCUCAUGGUGAUCGUGAUCGGUUGCUCUAGCUGCUAUUUCCCCCUCCCCCCUUUUUUUUAGUUUCGCAGAGCAUAUGGCUUGAGUAAGAAUUUUUAGCAAGUUACCUCUGCAAGUGCAGAACGAGCAGAAUGUAUGUUCCGGAAAAUCACAUCUACAUCAUCGCCGGGGAGGUAGCGGUCAUAACAGCCGCCUUGAGACGGAGCAAUACUGGACAGAGCAAUCAGGCGGAAGAACAUGAAGCCCUUAAUCGCAGUUUUUCCAACUUGAAAGACGCUCUGGGGCGCUCCACUGAUAUUUCAGACAUCGAGCCAAGCGUUUAUUUCGGACCUUUUUUGGAAGCCAUACGCUCAGAUGACACUAGUGGCAUUGUGACUGGCCAAGCUCUUGCGUCAGUAAACAAAUUCCUCUCCUAUGGUCUUUUAGAUCACAGAUUGGAGUCAUCAGCAUCUGCAGCUGAAAGCAUAGCAGAUGCCGUUACACAUGCUCGUUUCAUGGGCAUUGACCCUGCAUCAGACGAAGUGGUGCUCAUGAAAAUACUGCUUGUGCUGCGAUCUCUUUUUCUAUCACACGUUGGUGCAUUGCUUUCAAAUGAGUCCGUCUGUGAAAUGAUGCAAUCUUGUAUUCGCAUCUGCUUCGAGACAAGGCUCAGUGAGUUACUGCGUAAGUCAGCAGAACAGGCCCUCAUGGACAUGGUGCAGUUACUUUUUUCUCGCCUUCCACAGUUUUCUGAAGUUGCUAAAGGAGGUUGUUCGAAGAAGUUGAAAAUGAGGGCAAGUGGCAUGGAUAACUCAAGAAGUACCAGGAAACGUCGAUCUCCUGUGCCCAAGCAUAGAAAAAUUCCUAGAGAGCCUGAUUCUCAAGUACAGCAACAAGCACCUUCCUUUUCUCAGCCAGUUGGAAAUGUGGCAUCACAGCCACAUACUCCUACAUCAGAGGAACAGCAGCCUGUAGGAGAAGCUACAGGAUCAGGGGCAGGGAAAGCCCCUUUGCCUGGGACAAUUGCUGAACCAGAAGUGCCAGCUGCUCCUGACUCGAGCCUUGAAUCUGGCCCUCUAACAGGGGUCAUUCACCUCUCGGAUUCAGUGUCAUCAAUUGUAGACCUAGAUGCCAAUCAGGCAGACUCUUCAAAUUGUGUGCAGGAGGGUUUGGAAGGUGCCCUGUCUAUGAGUCAAGAACUGACUGGGAGUGAGUACAACCUUGUUGUACAGGAGCCAUCAAGCUUGGAAACCAGCAUUGAGAAGGAAACCACAGGAACAGUUGUCACGAUGGGUGGCACUGGAGACAAUGACUAUGUGAAUCCACAUGGUGUGCGUUUCACAGCAUUGCAUGGUAGUCGUGAAGGAGCAGGUCCCGUAGUGCCCUACGGGCUGCCAUGUGUGUGGGAGCUGCUGCGUUUCCUUGCCAGCCUGCUGUAUGUGCCUGAGGCAGUGGGCCACAGCCAGCAGCAGCAGCAGAGCCUUGAGAUGAUGAUCCACUCAGGCCUCAACCUGCUUGCUGUAGCUCUGGAAAGUGGUGCCGACCACAUCAGCUCCUUUCCCUCCUUGCUCAGCCUGGUCAAGGAUGAUGUCUGUCGAAAUCUGCUCAUGCUCUUAAAUUCAUCUCGUCUUUCCAUUUUUGUGUCCUCUUUACGUGUAAGCUUCUUGCUUUUCGAAGCACUUCGUACUCACCUCAAGUUCCAACUGGAGAUGUAUCUCACCAAGCUUAUGGAACUGAUUGUGAGUGAGUCAACUACUGUGACAAGGGAUCAAAAGGAGCUGACUGUAGAAGCUGUGUUGCAAUUUUGGAGGAUACCAGGCCUUAUCACUGAGCUGUACCUCAACUAUGACUGUGACCUUUUUUGCUCCAAUUUGUUUGAAGAUCUCACGAAAGUACUGUCAAAGAAUGCUUUUCCUGUGGCAGGUCUGCAGCCUAUCCACCUCCUCUCACUAGAUGCUUUGCUUGCUGUGAUUGACAGCAUAGAAACACGGUGUCACUUUCGCAUGUUGAGUGAAAGCCAGGCUGCUCGUGGUGGAGCGAUAUCAGGGUCGCUGCUUGAUGGUGAUGGUGAGGGCUACCACUGUGAGCAAACUGUGCCAUUGGAUCAGUGUCACGUCUCUCCCUUUGGGUACCAACUGGGCCAGCAGUUGGUUCAUGGUCAGGAUGGGGCUCCUCAAAGUCUCACUUCUGGAAUGAAGCCUCACUUUAGAAGCUCUGUCUUCAUGCGACCAAAUCGCAAGUCCAUUUCUGAAAACAUCCCAUCUCACGAAGAGCUGAUGGCCAUCAAGCACAAGAAAAAGCUUCUGGCAUCGGGCACAGAGCACUUCAAUGGCCGACCCAGUAAGGGUAUUGAGUUCCUCCAAGAGCAUGGAUUGCUAAGUGAUCCCUUGGAUCCCAAUGAAGUAGCCUUAUUCCUAAGGGACAACUCACAGUUGGAUAAAAAGAAAAUUGGUGAAUACAUAGCCAACCGGAAAAACCUCAAGGUGCUUGAUGCCUUUGUCAAGUCCUUCAACUUUGCCAAUACAAGAAUUGAUGAAGCUCUCAGAAUGUACCUUGAGACAUUCAGGCUGCCUGGGGAAGCACCGCUCAUAUCCUUGCUGUUGGAGCAUUUUGCAGAGCACUGGCAUAAGAGUAUGAAUGAACCAUUUGCCAACAGUGAUGCUGCAUUUACUCUGGCCUAUGCUGUAAUUAUGUUGAACAUGGACCAGCACAAUCAUAAUGUCAAGAAGCAAAACAUCCCCAUGACUGUCGAGGACUUCAAGAAAAAUCUAAAUGGUGUGAAUGGCGGCAAUGACUUUGAUAAAGACAUGCUUGAAGAAGUAUACAACGCAAUCAGAAAUGAAGAGAUAGUGAUGCCUGCAGAACAGACGGGACUAGUCAGAGAAAACUACCUCUGGAAAGUGUUGUUGCGGAGGGGUGCAGGUAAAGCAGGCCACUUUAUGCAUGCACCUAAUGGACUACUCGACCACGACCUCUUCACACUAGUUUGGGGCCCUACAGUGGCUGCGCUUGCCUCUGUGCUUGAUCGAGCCCCCUGUGAAUCACUUGUGCUGCAGCGAGCCUUAGGUGGAUACCGCAAGUGUGCUAUGGUGGCUGCGCACUAUGCCAUGAGUGACGUGUUUGACAACCUUGUCAUCUCUCUCUGCAAGUUCACUGCGCUGAGCACUGCUGAGAGCCCUGAGACAGUGCCUGGGGUACUGGGAAACAGUCAGAAAGCACAGCUGGUGGCCAAGAUGGUGUUUGGGCUGGCCCAAAGACAUGGCCACAUUCUCCGUGAUGGCUGGAAGAACCUUGUUGACUGUCUGCUGCAACUGUACAAAGCCAAGCUGCUGCCUCAAGCACUAGUCACUGCAGAGGACUUUGUGGACCCCUCUGGAGAAGUUUCUUUGGUUCGUGCUGAAGAAGGCCAAAAUACUGGGCUAGGUCAACAGCAGCAGAACUUCUUCAGCUCAGUUUACUCGUACCUGACUGAAGGCAGCCAGCGUGGACCAAACCCAGAGGAUGUGCGUGCACGAGAGGCUGCCCUUGCAUGUGUGGCCAACUGCCAGCCAGAACUCUUGGUGUCUGAAUCCAAGUUUCUUCGAGAGGAUGCUUUACAAGAACUGGUCAAGGCACUGAUAUAUACCUGCCAUGGUCCAGAGAGCCAUUCGUCCAUGUCCGGUGGCUAUGAUGAGCAUUCAACAGUGUUUCUGUUGGAGCUACUAAUCAAGGUUGUGCUGCAAAACAAGGAUCGUGUGGGGCCCAUCUGGACUGCUGUGCGAGACCAUCUGUACACCUUGGUCAUGGGUGCAAGUGCCAGCGACUAUCGGUUCCUGCUUGAGCGUGCAGUCGUCGGCAUCUUGCGCUUGGCCAUCAGGCUCAUUCGUCGUGAGGAGAUGACCUCUCAGGUUCUGGGCUCACUGAAGCUACUGCUACUACUUCGGCCAGCAACACUGCAGCAGGUGUGCAGCCAAGUGGCAUGUGCCCUACAGGAGUUGCUGCGCACGAGUGCAACAUGUGUGCAGGCACCCUCAGACUGGGCUACCCUGUUUGUGCUCAUGGCCUGUGUGGGUGCAGGCCUCAAGCCCCAGACAGCACAGACCCUUCACCGGCCACCAGCCUUCCACAGAUCCAUGACUUCAGUGGCUGACAGCACUGCUGCUUCUGUGGGUGCCCAAUCAGACAGUGAGCUGUCACGGGCUGUUCAUGGACGUCAAGAGGCUCCUCUUGACCGGGGUUACACAUCAGACAGUGAGCUGUACCAGCACCAGUCAGCUAAUGGAGACACUGCCCGUGCACCUGUCUACCUGGAUGAUUCACCCAGGGGUGCAUUGGACUCAGCGGCCGGUGGUUGGAUAUUGGUCAGCGGUGGGGGUGCCGAAGAAGAGCGUAGUCAUAGCGCUGCCCCCGUAAACCAGUUCUCCAUCAGCUUGGCCUGUGAGCUGCUCCCCCACGACCCCUUUGCAUUGGCCAAGUGCUGUGAGUGCUUGGCCUUUCUGGUUCGUGAUUUGGCCCACAUCACUCCAAACAACCUGCACGGCUGCAUCCAGUGCAUACGCGUCUUUGUCGAGGCCAGCCUUCAUGGAGGACACAACUGGGUUAAGAAAAAUGCGAAGCCGCGAGAAACCAAACGAAUCACUAAGGUUCAGGCGAGGCGCAGAGAGGAGGCACUGCAUCGCAGAAGCCAGCAGCAUAGCCUUGGCUACGAAGCUGAUGAUGAGGACCGCUUGGAGGGAGCAUCUUCCGAGUACCAACAUGUGUCUCUUCAGCUUUUGGACCUGAUGCAUACUUUGCACACAAGGGCAGCCUCAAUAUUGCAACCAGGGGACCUGGUUCCUGAACUUGUUUUAUCCUCCACUGGUCUGCCAGUUUCAGGAGAUCUAAGCAGGCUGGCAAGGGGCAGUCAGCACCCAACUCUUUGGAAUUUGUGCUGGUGUCCACUGUUGCAAGGCAUUGCACGUCUGUGCUGCGAUACCCGAAGAAACAUCCGCACAUCAGCACUGACCUACCUGCAGCGUGCUCUGCUGGUUCACGACCUUCAGGCGUUGUCAGCCGCAGAGUGGGAAGCUUGUUUCAACAAGGUUCUCUUUCCCCUCUUGUCCAAGCUGAUGGAGAAUGUAAGUCCUCAUGACCCAGUUGGAAUGGAAGAGACUAGGAUGAGAGGUGCUACUCUUCUAUGCAAAGUAUUUUUGCAACAUUUGAACCCAUUGCUGUCCUUGCCCACCUUUACUGCCUUGUGGUUGACAAUCUUGGAUUUUAUGGACAAGUACAUGCAUGCUGAGGACAGCGACCUUCUGAGUGAAGCUAUUCCAGAGUCUCUAAAGAACAUGCUGCUGGUCAUGGACACAGCAGGAGUUUUCCAAGCUGCUGCUGGAGAGGAACUUGAGAACUCCUCCACGGGUUACACUCAGCUCUGGACAGUCACAUGGGACCGCAUUGACAGCUUUCUGCCUCGUCUGAAAGAGGAAGUGUUCAAGCCACUACCUCGCCCAUCGACUCCUCCUGCUUCACUGCCAGUCAUUCCAUCAGAGGAUGCUGUGCUUGAAAGCAACUGUUCUGCUGACCAGGCUGUCCGAACAACUCGGGAGGAGGACUCUUAUGAGCUUGUCUCUGUUAUGGUGGAAGAGCCAGGCAUUGCAGAACGAAGACCCUCCAGUGCCAGUGUAGGAAGCGAGGGCAGCAGCAUGACUUUGGGGUCAAGCAAAGCGGGCUUAGCCAGCAGCAUGGCAUUUCCCGACAUACCAGUUGGUCCUGUAGGAGCUUCUGGGGCUCCGGUGCCCCCACCCCACUCAGUGAUUCUGCAUCCGCCAUCACUGUCACCGCCACCUGUGCUCCCCACAGCCGUACCUCAGACGGCAACACCUGUGCCACUGGUCAUUGACCCAAUUGUCUUUUCUGAGCAGCAUCAUUCAGUCUUUGCACCUAGCCAGAACCCUGUCAAGUCAGCGGAUCGGUGAGGAUCAUGCUCCAGCUGAGUGAAGUUUUUACAUUUGCAUUGCUGCUCUGCUUCCAAAUGAGUUUCUCAAGGAGAAUCAAAAGGUUGUAUAUAGUUAUACUAAUAAAAUCUACUAGGCUGAAUGUGGCACCUUCUGGA